AUGGGCAAGCCGAGCGGCAGCGGCAGCAAAUCCAAUUCUGAUUUCAGGCGAGCUAUCUCUGCAGUGCGCACUAAAAACCGAGAUCAAAUAUCCGGCCAAAAACGUUCAGGUGGAUCUCGCUCAAAGAAAAGGAGUUCCAUAAAGAGGAAAGCAUGGAAAGACAAACUGUACUCCAGGUGUGCUCCUUCUAUCAUUGUAGAUCUCAUGGAAGACCUUGACGACCAGCCCAGAAAGCUUGUAGAAGAGAUGGGGUUUCAGGGAUUACAUAGCCUAAAGCUGCACAAGCUAAAUAAACCAUUAGGAGCCUGGCUGCUUAGUAAAUUCGAUACAAAUUUGUUAGUUUUUUUUGCUGGGACAAGCAGAGAGCUAAAGAUGACACCCGAGGACGUAAAUCGUGUGAGCGGAAUCCCAUGUUCUGGCAUGAUCAUAGUACCUCCAAGCCCACAAGAUGUCAUUUCUAUGAAAGCAUACUUUUGUGGUGUUUUCGAAAAAUCCUCAUGGGAUGAAAUCACUAUCAGCUUCCUUUUGAAAAUAGUAACAACAAAACCAAAAGGCGAAAUGACAAGUGAAGAAAUCCUGCGAUUCAAGACCGCGUUUGCAUUUUCUGUUGUUACCAAAUUCUUCGCUCCACAAUCCCUGAACAACUUCAUAUCAACACGAUAUAUGAAAGCAGUGUUUGAUAUGGAGAACAUUCAUGCCUACAAUUGGGCACAAUUUGUCGCCGACGAGCUCAGACUAGCAGCAGCAUCUCUGCAGUUGAAGCUUUCCCGUGGAAAGAACAUUGGAUACAUCAAUGGAUGCAUGUUAAUCCCUCAGAUUCACUACCUGGACAGCUUGGACUUUGGCAAGGAUUCUCCUCCCGACCACAUUAUUCCCCGGUUUGCUGCAUACAACGACGCCAUGGUCUGUAACCUGAUCAAACGGGAUAUAAUUCUGAAAAAUCGACUGCCUUUUCCGACAUAUGGUAAACUAAAGAUACGCAGUCCUCACAGCAUACGCUACGAGUCAGGACCAUGUGUGCACGCGCCCCCUCGUACUCCUGUUUCUGGUAGAGUGUUCAAUUCCCUGGUUAACUUGGAGACACCAAAAUUUGACAUGGGAUUGAGUCAACUUGAGCCCGGCGACAACACCACAGUGUGUAACCAAGUCACCCGAGUCACUGCAAACUUAUCGGCACAGUUUGACAUGGCAGCUGAGACAACCGUAGUGCCAGAUACACCAGAUCAACCUCAACAAGCUCCACAAUCAGAUUUUCCUGACCCUACUCCUACUUCCAUAUCGCCUCAUUCUUUACUGCAAGAGACGAGUGCAAUAAGGAUUUCUAUCCAUGAGGAAUGCGGUCUCCCGAAAGUACAACCCAAAACAAGGAGGAGAAUCAUCGGGGUACCAUCUGAUAUGCUUCUAGACGUACCAAAACGAGUAAUAAAACCAAGCAGAAUGGUGAAGUCCCCAUUUCUUUGCAAACAGUACCAAUGUGUAAGGCUUGAUGUCCAGGCACAAGAAGAUUUAUUCACAUAUACAAAAUCAAUUUCUGCUGCCGACCAACUGAGAAAAAUUUGGCUACACAUAUCUGAUCCAGUCCCAAGGUUUCUAAAAUUGCAACAGAUACAAGAAGCCCUCGCAUUUGACACUGAAAUGCAAGAUGAUGCAUUCAAUGUUGCUAUCCAAGCACUAUUCGAGGAUGAGGUGCACAGAUUCGGGGGAACAGAUUUCCUAGGCUGGAGGCACUUCUUAAAUCAAGAUUUCGCGAUGCACGCAACCGCUGGUGGCGCAGACUGGAACCCCGAGGAUCAUGUCUACUUAUUCAAUGACAUUCACAUACCAUACGACGUCUCAAAAAGCCGUCUGAUAUAUAUCCCUCUCCACCAACCAUUUCAUUUCUCAGUCUACGCAUUUGAUAUGGAGAACGAGAAGAUUCAGAUCAUGGACCCCUUAAGAGAUACAAGCAAAGGAGGGCAGGACAUUGAAGCUAGGCACUCUAAGACUAAAGAUCAUAUUGCGAAAGCAUUGCAGGAUUGCAUGGUCAUCUCUUUUCCAGACUGGAAACGCAAUAUUUCUAGCUGGCAGCAUGAGUUCCCAACAAAUAUUCCAGCAACUGCUAACAGGAUUGAUACUGCUUUCCACGUUCUGCAUAUCAUGAGAAAUUGGGAUGCAAAAUGCUUAGUCAAUCCAGUCUCUAGUGACUCUCGAGAUUUGCGGAAGGUCUUCCUUGCCAAUCUCCUGUCAUUCACAAGUAAUGAGGCCAAACUCCCAGAAAGUGUCAACUACUACAUCAAAGCACUCAGGAGGAACUGA